AUGACCUUCACACAACCAAUUUUCAAUGUCAACAACGAUAUCAAUGAGAUCAACAAGGACUUGAAGAAGUCACUGUUGUCGUUGAAAAACCGACUCCAGUCGAUUCUCCAUGACUACCAAUUUGUCAAAGCUGUGCAUCACGCAAUUGAGUACCCACUAGUUGCGAACGAACGAUGCGGCACAUGGUAUGUGCCUCCGAAAGAGAGACAAGAUACAUGUUAUUUCAAGUCAACUGAUGGGCAUACAAAUGUGUGGACAUUUUCCUUGCGUCGACUCAACUUGCACUUGCUCCCACUUAUUGAAUCGUCAGGUGGGGUCACAGUUGUGGAUUCAACACGAAGAGGAAAACUAAUGCCUGAUGCGUUACUGAAAACCAUCCCCAUAUGGUGUGCCGUUGUCAACUCGGUGCUCUACCGAGAAGGGGACUGGUUGAAGACUCCAUUGUCGAUGGUAUCUGAAAGCGAACACAACUCAAUCAACAAACUCAUUCCCUCCUUCGUGGCGGAGGUCAAACGCAUGGGGUUGCUUGAUGGGUGUGAAAGGUUGCAGAAACCGUUGGUUCCAACCUGGUAUUACCCAUCAUGUGGGGAGCAAUCCAUAGAUGAUUCGGUCUACAAUAUCUGUUGUGUCUCUGCGAGCAGAAAGGUUGAUGUACACAAACAAGUCAAUGUCAACUCGACAAUAUCCUUUGACUAUGUUCAAGGCUCAGCAGACGACCAUGAACUCUGGGCCCCCAGCCACUUAAGAGCUGAUGUAUUUUGGGAUGUGUGUGAUAAAAUCACUCAUGACGGAUAUAUCACUAUAGGAGAUUCUGAACUCGAAGAGAUUAUCAAUGGUUACAAACAGUCCCUGGGGUCCUUGGAUGCACACUCACUAGGAGAGACUGGUAUAACAGUUGGGAAAAUUGAAAGUGACAUACCGUAUAGUCUACUCAAUCCAGACGCCACGACCAUUGUCUUUCAUGAACAGUACUCGGUUGUUGAUAUUCCAGAAACCAAGUCGGUCGUGCACCAUAGAAUAUCCAAUAACAAAAAGGGUGCCAAUAUUCUCAGAUCCAUCCUUCCGCAAUUACCAUUAACAGUUCCUUGUACUAUUCUAUGUGAUUCUGGUCGCGAUAUGAGUGUGGGGAUUGCUAUCAUUUUGUUAUGUUUGAAUUUCGACUUGGAUUGGAAGAGAACUACAGAACCACCAAAAAUCACCAAAACUUUGAUCAAACAGCAUUUGAGUAAAGUCUCACACGUAUGUAGAGCCAACCCAAGUAGAAGUACUCUUCAAAGUGUCAAUACUUAUUUAUUCUCGCUAUGA